GGGCGCAGAGCUCGGAGCGCAGCCGAGCCGAGGAGAGGAGAGGCGAGCCGGGCGGGCGGGCGCGGCGGGGCCAUGGAGGCCGGCGGGGGCUCGCUGGCGUUGCUGACCGACCUCUACCAGUUCACCAUGGCCUACGGCUACUGGCGAACCGGGAGACACCGCCAGCCGGCCGCUUUCGAGCUCUUCUUCCGCCGCUGCCCGUUCCAGGGUGCCUUCGCCCUGGGCGCCGGCCUGACCGACUGCCUGGCCUUCCUCCGCGCCUUCCGCUUCAGCCGGGCAGAUAUCGAGUACCUGAAGUCCGUCCUCCCAGCGACAACUGAGGAAGCGUUCUUUGAAUACUUGUACACGGUCGAUGCCUCCGAGGUUUCCAUCUCGUCUGCCCCAGAGGGCUCGGUGGUCUUCUCCAGGGUGCCGUUACUCCAGGUCAGAGGUCCCUUGUUGGUGGUCCAGCUUAUGGAGACCACUCUGCUGUGCCUGGUGAACUACGCCAGUCUGGUGGCCACAAACGCCGCCCGGUUCCGUCUUGCAGCCGGCCCAGACAAGAAGCUGAUGGAGAUGGGUCUGCGUCGGGCUCAGGGGCUGGACGGAGGCCUCUCAGCAUCCAAGUACUCCUACAUGGGCGGUUUUGAUUUUACCAGCAACGUCCUGGCCGGAAAACUCUACGGGAUUCCAGCGGUGGGAACCUUGGCUCAUUCCUACGUCUCCUCUUUUAGCUCCGUGGACGAUGUCAACCCACGGAGCCUGCUGCCCCUGACUGGGAAGGAGCCCGUGGAUUUGCCAACGUUAGUGGACAAAUGGUUGACCCAAGUGUGCCAGUUACUCCAAGUCCCGCCGGAGAAGGUGAGCUGCGGAGAGCGGGCAGCCUUCAUGUCCUAUGCCAUUGCCUACCCACACAACUUCCAAGGGCUGGUGGACACCUACUGCGUCAUGAGGAGUGGCAUCCCCAACUUUUGUGCCGUCGCCCUGGCGUUGAACCAGCUGGGAUACCGAGCCAUCGGAGUCCGGCUGGACAGCGGAGACCUGGCCAAGCAGUCGGUGGAGAUCCGGCACAUCUUUCGGACCUGUAGCAAGCAUUUCCAGGUUCCUUGGUUUGAGAGGAUACCCAUCACGGUGAGCAACGAUGUCAGCGAACAGAGCUUGGAAGAAUUGUCUCGAGAGGGUAACGAAAUCGACAUGAUCGGCGUUGGGACCCACCUGGUGACGUGUCCUCUUCAGACAACCUUGGGCUGCGUUUACAAGCUGGUGGAAGUCAACGGUUCUCCGAGGCUGAAAGUGACCGAAGACCCAGACAAGACAACCUUGCCUGGAAGGAAAGUGGUCUACAGACUGUGGGAUGAGGCAGGCUUCCCAUGCAUGGAUCUCAUGGCCCUGGAGGAAGAGUCGGCUCCGGAGGCUGGCCAGGAGGUGGGCUAUUGGCCUCUGGGAGGAACCGAGAGAGCCGGGAAGGUGAUUCCUUCUGCAGUGGAAAUCCUUCACCUUGUCUACUUUAAAGAUGGACAGGUUUGCCGGACUCUCCCCACCCUGUUGGAGAUCAAGGCUCACGCUCAGAGGUCCUUGGAUAAGCUCAAUCCUGUCCACAAGAGGCUGCAGGAUCCAGAGACCUACCAGGUGGCCGUGACGAGAAAGCUCUACCUGCUCCUCCUCGACCUGCAGAAGGACAACAGCUCCUGAGCAUCACUCCGCUGUCGCAAACCGAAACCAGCCAGUGGCUGCUGUGAGGAUCUGGACUGAACAAGACCCCAAAUUAUUGGGGGUUGUGGGCUCCCGUGCCAACCCUCGAGCGGUUCACCUCCAAAGUCUGUCCACGCCCACGUCUCUCCAACUCCGUUACCCUCCAUCACACACACCUGUACACAAGUCUUUCAAAGGAGCUGGCUGGGGAUUAUUGGGAGUGUUGGCCAAGUGACCGGGAGAGAGCAGAGGGUCGUUCUCUUCCAGGAGCCCACCACGAUCUGUUGGGUCGAUAGAAGAACCCAACCAAAUUUUCUGCGUUCCAGCGCAGGGCUGUGGCUGGACCAGAUGCAAAUCGCCAGUAGGAUGCAGGAAGAGGGAUGCUGGUAACCACGGUGAUGUCAGGACACAAGGGAGCUGCCUCCCCCACAGCCCACCUAGCCCCAAAUCCGAUGUAUUUGUUUGCCACUUCGAAUCACAGUCAGAAAAAGCGGAGAGCCCCCACAGGCUAGAGCAAAGGGGGGGGUGUUUCUCCAAAUUUGGCCACUUUAAGACACGUGGACUUCAACUCCCAGAAUUCCCCAGCCAGCCAGGAUUCUGGGAGUUGAAAUCCACAAGUCUUAAAAGCCAUGUUUGGAGACCGCUGGGCUAGGAUUCGCUGGCUGUAAAAUCAAGCGAGGGUCCCCCAUGUUGUCCCCGUCACCACCUCCCCUCCCCCAAACAAAAGCCUUUGGCAACACUACACCUUGAUGUGCCUUUUCUUGC